AAAAGCUGCCCCCAGCUGCACCAGCGACCACGAUGGCCAUCCAAAGCCAAAGCCAAACAGGCGACGCGGCUCCCGCAAUAAAGCCAAGUCGCAACAACAAGCAGGGCCUGUACCUCGGUGUCAUUUUUCCCUGCGUAAGCAACAUCUUGGGUGUAAUUCUGUUUCUACGGUUGCCCUGGUUGAUGGGCAAGGCGGGCACCUGGAUGGGCACCUUGAUGGUGGUUUUCUCGUUGUUGGUCACGGGCAUAACGGCGUCCUCUUUGGCAGCUGUGGCGACCAACGGAAAGAUUCAGGGCGGCGGCGCGUACUUCCUAAUUUCGCGCUCCAUGGGUCCGGCCAUCGGGGCGGCCGUGGGACUGUGCUUUUUCUUGGCCAACAGCAUCGGGGCGGCGAUGUACUUCCUGGGAACGGUCGAGGCUUGG